AUGGCGUUCUUCACGACUCCUCUUCUCUCUGUGGCUCCAACUCGGGCUCUUGUUGAUGAGAAAUGUGAUGUUCAAGUGGAAAAUCUGCCUGCUGGACAUCCAUUCACUCUCCAUGCCCUCCACUUAUCUGAAGACCACGACUACUGGGAGGCGUUCGGGCACUACAUCAGUAACCACAAUGGGCUUGUGUGCAGUAAGUUUACAGAGAAGAGCGUCAUGCUGAGAAAGAUGGACGUGUCUAGUCCUCUGCUAUACACCAUCUCAGUUUUCAGUGGGCAUUUGACAGAGGGCUUCAAGGACCAGAGAGCGCUGGCCUCCGUGCUUACAGAGCGCUGGUACAUGGCUCCAGGAGUUCAGAGGAUUAGCAUUAAAGAAAACCCUGUGAGAGGGACUAUGUUUCUGCCCCCAGGCCCUGGCCCUUUCCCUGGACUCCUGGACAUGUGGGGUGGUGGAGGGGGCUUGAUAGAGUACCGUGCUGCGAUCCUAGCAUCGCGCGGUUAUGCUGCAUUUGCGCUGGAGUACUUUGGCUCUGGAGAGAUGGACACUGCUGAGAUGGAAUUAAACUAUUUUGAGACAGCUUUUAAUAUAGUGAAGGACCAUCCAAGUGUGGUACCUGACAGAGUUGGGGUGGUUGGAUUAUCUCUUGGUGCAACUAUCGCCUUAUAUUUGUCAUCAGAGAGCAAGGUUAUUCAGCCUCGGUGCUGUGUGUCUAUUAAUGGACAUCAUUUCUAUCCACAUGGGAAACCCAUUGGUGACUUCAUCAAAGAAAGUGUCUUUUAUGGACACGUGGCUCUAUCCUCCGUGUGGCUGGGCUCGUCUCGAGUGGGUGAUUUCUCACUGAAGGUUGAGAUGAGCUCAGCCCAGGGUGUGUUUGGAGCUGACACCUCAAGUGGAGACGUCAGGAUUUCUGGGUUCAUCCUGAGUGCUGCAUGGCGCCUGAGGGAGAGGGGGGGGGGGGGGGGGGGGGGGGGGGGGGUGAAGAAGAGGAUGAAGGUGUGGAGACAUGUCUGCAGGGAUGUGCGGACCCAGUUGGUUGAACAGCAGCGCUGUCUGGAGCAGCAGACAGAGAUGCGGGUGCAGCUGCUUCAGGAUCUGCAGGACUUCUUCAGAAAGAAAUCAGAGAUUGAAACAGAAUACUCAAGAAACUUAGAAAAACUUGCAGAGAGAUUUAUGGCCAAAACACGCAGCACAAAAGACCAUCAGCAAUACAAAAAAGAUCAAAACCUUCUCUCUCCAGUUAACUGCUGGUACCUGCUGCUAAACCAGGUGAGGAGAGAAAGUAAGGACCAUGCAACUCUGAGUGACCUCUACCUGAAUAAUGUCAUCUCCCGCCUUACACACAUCAGUGACGACUCCGCACGGCUGCUCAAGAGGAGUAAAGAGAUACUUUUUCAAAUCCAGGAGGAUCUCAUGAAGCUACUGAAUGAACUUUACACCGUUAUGAAAACAUACCACAUGUACCACACGGAGACAAUAACAGCUGAAACCAAGUUGCGCGAGGCGGAGCGUCAGGAGGGCCGUGUGAAGGGCGUGUCCGUCACAACUGGAGGGGUGGAGCCUGUGUUCGGGCUGCGGAUAGAAGAGCGCCAUCAGAGACGCAAUGCUGCCCGGAAGAUGGAAAAGAUGAGAGAAAAGAGGAAGGCAAAGUACUCUGAAAAUAAAUUAAAAGCUCUUAAAGCCAGAAAUGAGUAUCUACUCACUCUAGAAGCCACUAAUGCCUCUGUGUUCAAAUACUACAUACAUGAUCUGCCUGAUAUCAUAGACUGCUGUGACCUAGGGUACCACUCCAGUCUGAGCCGCGCUCUAAGGACCUACCUAUCAGCUGAAGUUAGCCUUGAAGCCUCCAGAAGAGCUGGUCUGGAGGUGCUGGAAGGGGCUGUCGAGGGGUUGGACCCUGCCCGUGAUCGACAGCGCCUCUUGGGCCUUUACCCCACUGCCUUCUGCCCCCCACAGCGCUUCAGUUUCCAGGCUCAUAUGGGGGACGCCGUGACACAGAUUGCCUCACAGCCACAAGUUCAGUCUGAGCUCUCCCUUCGCCUCACGCAGCUGCAGACUCGCUUGGCGUCGCUAAAGAUAGAGAAUGAGGAGGUGAAGAAGACUUGGGGUGCGACUCUGACAACAUUACAAGACAUGACAGUAAAAGAAGACUGCGAUGUGUCCCAGAGCUUCACCCACAGUCCCUCCUCAGAGUCCGUCAAGUCCAGUGUCUCCGAUGGAUACUUGAACAAACCCAGUCUCGCCAAAAGACGAGCCAACCAGCAUGAGACUGAGCUGUUUUACUUCAAUGUGAGUAUGAUGCCUGUAGGUCUUCAGCAUCAGGGUAUUUUCCGGGUGUCAGGAUCUCAAGUGGAGGUCAACGACAUCAAGAACUCUUUUGAGAGAGGAAACGACCCUCUGAUUGACGAAGAGAGUAACCACGACAUCAACUCUGUGGCGGGAGUAUUGAAACUCUACUUCAGGGGUCUCGACAAUCCACUGUUCCCCAAGGACCGGUUCAACGACCUCAUCUCCUGUGUCCGAAUGGAGAACCUUUAUGAAAGAGCUCAGUGCAUCCGUAAAAUCCUGAUGGGAGUCCAAAGGCCAACAUUGGUGGUGAUGCGAUACCUCUUUGCCUUCCUCAAUCACCUUUCCCAGUACAGUGAUGAGAACAUGAUGGAUGCAGGGAACCUGGCCAUCGUGUUUGGCCCCACUCUCUUGCCCACGCCAGACGCUCUGGACCAGGUGGCGUGUCAGGCGCAUGUGAAUGAGGUCAUCAAAACGGUUAUUCUGAACCAUGACAAUAUAUUCCCUGACACCAAGGAGCUGCCAGGUCCUGUCUAUGAGAAGUGUAUGACUGGAGACCAGUAUUGUGAGAGUCCGUUCAGUGAACCGGGGGCUCUGGAGGAGACCGAGCCCGAUGCUGGAACUGAGACCCAAACGAGCGACGAGGAGGGGGAAUGUGUGGAGGCGGUGGCCAGGUUUGACUAUGUGGGUCGUUCGGGUCGGGAGCUUUCAUUUAAGAAGGGAGCGUCGCUUCUGCUGUUCCAACGAGCGUCACAUGACUGGUGGGAGGGUCGUCAUAACGACAGCCGCGGUCUUGUGCCACAUCAGUACAUAAUGGUGAAAGACAGGGGUGACUCUAUGUCUGAUACUAUGAGUCAGAAAGCAGAUAGUGACGGUGGCAGUAGCAGUACGGAGGACAAGAGGUCCAGAAGUGAAGUGAGCUCGCCCACAGACAUAAGGCCACCAGAGACCUACAACAGCCAUCGGAGGAAGCGCACAGAAGGCUUAUUCCGUCGCCCCCUCGGCCGUUCUAACGACAACUACCACCAUGGUAACGGAGGAGUGAUGGAGCGCAGUUCCCCACCUGUGACGGGGCACUUCAGCCCCAGAGAUUUGCUGCUUGGACGAGGGCAGGGCCUGACUCCGCCCUUGGAUAGCCCGGAGCAUCGUCGGCGCUCAGCAGCUGCAGUGUCGAGGAGUCGUCAUGAUUCACUGCGGCGGCCUGAGGACACACCCAUCCGGCGCUCCAGCAGCGGACAGCAUGGCUUCAGUGACUCUCAUCGCACCAGGGCCUUGGAUCAUGACACCCUGGCACAGGACAUUGAGGAGACCGUAAGCAUAGCUCUGGGAGAGCUGAGGCAGCUGGAUCGACAGGGCUGUAGACCUGCCCCUGAUGUAGUCCUGGACACUCUGGAGCAGGUGAAGAAUGGCCCGGCCACAGCCUGCUCCUCGGAGUCACCCAGCCCACACAGCACUCCCAGUACUCCAGGGACCCCUGGAACACCAGGCACUCCAGGGACACCAAGCCCGCUCAGCCCAAUGAGCCCUGUGAGUCCACUACCAGGGCCUCCAUCCGGACCUCCCAGAGCAACUAAUCCAUCCCCUGACGGCAUUAGCACCUUCAAGCCAGUGGCAGCUGCCCGCAUGGGGGUCCCACUGAGGCCUCCAGCUGUGAGGCCCAAACCUGUGGUGCCACCCAAGAGCAGCACUCCACCUCUGCCCCCACCAGUCGACAAGUCCUGCACCAUGUGA